UAAUUGUUGUGAUAAACUUAUUAAAUAGACAGCAAUGAUGGGAUCAAUUUUCUGUCAGUGACUUGAUUGCAGGUUUCGACAGAAUGAAGCUUCUAGAAUUGCCCAUUUUUGAGCAAAUCAAUGCAUUGCUGACCCAAGAAAGACAAAACUGCCAUGUGCAAUCUAAAAUCGAAAGCUACUCAUGUAAAAUGGUUGCAGAAGACAAAAAGUUGUUCAAGGAACUCAACAGUGGGUCUCUUGUCCAAAUGCUGCCCUUGAGUCCUCCCGAUGACAAACUUUUCAGCACCAGCCCCAACAAAAAUUUCUCCCGUUGUCAGUCAAGCUCAGACGAAGACCAGCUGCAGCAGAUAAAUCCGUUCAGUGCGCUGUGUAAGAAGACGCACUUCUUUCUGGUGUCCACUCUGAAUAAGUCUUUCCACCCCGACUACUCUUUCUCCUCCACUCCCUCCACAGACUUCUCUCGGGAACCAAAUCUGAGCCAGGUGGUGAAUACAGUAGACAGUUUACUGCUGACGCUUGGGGGGUCUUACUACAGUAGUAUGUUCAAACCGAAACUGUGGGAGGCGAUCGACAGAGAGAUCAGUCUGAGAGAUUGCGAGGUGUACAAGUACUGUCCGGAUCUGAACUGCGGACCCUUCGGAGAACCAGGAGUUCUGUGGUCGUUCAACUACCUCUUCUACAACAAAAAGAUGAAGCGCAUAGUGUAUAUAUGCUGCAUUGCUAGGUCUGGAUACGCUGAAGACAAUGACAGUUUACGGGGAGGAAUGGAGCUGUACAUGACGGGAGAAGACGAAGAAGAAGACUUGUCUGACGUUGAUUUAGUCGACUCUUUAGAACCUGAAGUUAUUCUAGUCGAAUGACGAAGCUAUAUUGAUAGCAAGCUUGAUUUCUUAGAAAAUAUAGAAGUUGACCAAACUAAUGUGUAGAGCAUUACUUACUCCACGUGCUAAUUAGGCUAGAUUUCAAGUUAGAUGUUGCUUUGCAAUUUUCAUCAAUUUAUGUCAGGUGUAUAAUUAUCCUGCUGGAAACUGCUUCUAAAGCAUUCAAAGAGCAUCAAAUAAUACAUAAUUAAGGUGUCGUAAAUUAAUUGGAUGAAAAGUUUUUA